AUGUUCCUUCAAAGACAGUCUAAAUCAGAAAUCAAUACGUUCAAUAUUGGAAGCUAUGAAGAUUUAGAUUACAGAUCUCCAGUUCUAAAUUCUUAGAGAUUUUCUCAAAAUUCCGAUUCUGAUAAAUUUAAUAGAUAAGAAUCUUACAACUCUCCUUUUAAAAUGAUGGCAAAUCAAAAUAUACUACAGUAACAGAGUUCCAAAGAUAUCCGUUCAUCAUUUGUAAGAAACCAAAGCGAUAACAUAUUCUCAUCACCUAGCUAAACAUUAUCUAAUGGAUAUCAGAAAAAUAUCAAGUAAAGCUAUGCAGAUGUGAGAGAAUUAAAUGAGUAUAAAUCUUAGUAGAAUAUACCAAAAAAUAAUAUGAACAAGAUAAAUGAUAUUAAUUUAGCAUUUAAUUUUGUCAGAAAUAAUAGCAAUAACAAUGCUUAUGAAAACCUUGGCCAGUUGAGUUCUGAGAGAUCAUUAAGUUAAAAGGAAACUUCCCUAUAGCAAUCAAUUUAAGAGUAUCAAAAGUUUUUCCCUCAUUUAAACUAUAAUCCAAAUUAAAAGGAUCAAAACGCUUCUCUGCUGAAGUAUUUAGUGAAUUAAGAAUCAGAUUUGUUGCAAUAGAUUUCAAAAAUGAAUAAUAAUAACAGUUAAUAAAAACAACUAAAGUUAAAUCAUUUGAAAAUAGUUUCUACUUUGAUAUAAAAUCUUAGAGAAUAAGAAAGCCAACAAAUUAAAAGCUAAAUUCAAAUUAUGCAAGAUCAAAAUAUUGAAUCAGUGGUGUAUAAUUAAAGCGAUGGAUUUUCAGUGAGAUUCCACUUGCUCGAAAAAAUUCCUAAUGAUGUUGAUAGCAUUUAAAUUGAUUACGGAAUAUUUAGAAAAGGAGACUUGCUUAAGACAUAUAGAUCAACCGAAUAGCUUGCUACUGUAUCUUACAAUUGGAAAUUCAAUAAAUGCAAUAUCAAUUUUGAAGAAACAUUUAGAAACAUUUACCCAACUAUCUUUACCUUCAUUUAUUUUGAUGUCAAAGUCUAUAGCAAAAAUGUUAAAGAACCUAAAUAGUGGUCUUGGACUCUUCAUACUCUGUUUACUGAAGAUAAAAAGUUAUUGUAAGGUUGCUUUAAGCUUCCUCUUUACUCGAAGAAUCAUAUACCGCAUGCAAUAUUUUAAACAGGUUUUCCUUUUUUGAGUGAUUGCUUUUUGUUUGCAGAAGUCUAUUUAAAACAGGAUUAUCAAUUAGGAAAGAAUAUCACUUAUGAAAAUUUUGUAAUCCCAAAACUACAUUUAAAGGAGAAGUAACUGGAUUAAAUAGAGGAAGAUGUUGUGGUGAAUUAAUUUGUUGAUGAACACAUCAAAUAGAAAGGAAUGAUAAAAUCUACUUUAAGAGAAGAUGAAAUAUAAAUGAGAGAGUAUAAUGCGAGACAAAAGCUAAGAGUAAUUAAAAAAGAAGAAACAAAUUAUAUCCCAUGGGCAUCCAUUCAAACUCUUAAUAAUAUUGUAGACGAAAAUCAACAAAAAUCAUACAUUAAACCAUAGUCAGAUAUAAAUUAAAAUUCUGGAGAUAUAUUCGAUCAAAUCUCUCAAAUUUAAGAUAGAAAAAAAUAACCCUAAGUUAAACUAAAUCCUCCUUAACCCAUCCAAGAAGUACCAUAAAUAUAAGAACCAAAAGAACCAAUAGAUAUUUAAGAAGAUAAAGAUAAUUAGAGUAAAUUAUAAUAAGAUUCUUAGACUUCAAUACGCCUUAAUAGUACCGAAAAAAUUUCUCAUAGCAGAUAGCAGCUAUCAUAAACUUAUUAGAAACUUAUAAACAAGAGAUAAGAAAAGUCUAAAGACAAAUAAUAAGAUGCAUCUAACAACUCUAAUGCCAAAAAUUCUAAAAGCACUAUCUCAGUAACAAUGCAAAGAAUUUUAGAAAAAAGGAGCUAACAAAAUAUAAAAAUUAACCAACCAGAACCAGAAGAGUAACCAAAACAAUGA